GGCUCGGCUCAUGGCGAAUUGGGGUCGCAUCAACAAGCCGAAUCCCAGCCAUCGGCAAUCCCACCGCCCCUGCCCCCCCGGGACACCAGCCACAUGAUUUGAGAUCUCCCUUGUAAUGCUUUGCCUCGUGCUCUAUACGAAGUACCGAGAAGCUGAAUCUUUUGACGAAAAAGCAAAGACUGGCCAACAACUGAUCUUGAACUACCACGCGCUCUCGAGACUUCGGGCCCUUCCCGAACAUCACAACACACUGCACAAGCUUCGGCAACGCGAUGAUCGAUCUCUGCGCCGCCAAUGUCGCCGCCGUAUGAGUCGUCCCGCCGCCGCGGGGUAUGGAGCCACUGGGUGCCCCUCGCCGUGACUAUAACGGUUGCGACAAUGGGCGUCGCCGCCUGGGUAUGGAGCCAGCGCAAGGACGACGACCGCGGAGACGCCGAGCAAAUUGCUGCCGAAUAUCAGGACCUUGAUUACGACAAUGCAGACUAUGGUGAUAACCCCCCUUACGGCGCCAGCAAGGACGGCCCGGACCCGAAGUCCACGGCAGUUGGCGGCGUGCAGCCACGCUCGGGCGAUGCCGGCUACGGGCCAGGACAGCCGCCGGCCGAGUCGUCGAGCUCGUACUGGGCGGCAUUGCGCCGCACCCCUAGUCCGCAGCAGUUCUUCGACAGUGCCAGGAGGACUGUCGCCGCCGGAGUGACCGCCGCGGGCGCGGCUGUGGGGAGCGCUCUCGCAGCCAUCCGGGAGGAAGACAAGACGGCGUUUGCCGACCACGAGACUUGGUCGGAGGAGGCCGAUGCCAAGCAGGAGAGGGCUGCCGGGCCGCCUCAGACCAAGGAUACCGGCAAGCGCCGGAAGAAGGUGGCCAUCGUUGUCUCGGCCGAUAGCGGCCUGGGUGAGGUCGAUGCCGACGUUUUCCACGAGCAUGCUUCUAUCUUGUCCCACAUCCCGACCCAACUCGACCACUCGGUCAUCAAGCUCUAUGUGCUCAUCUACGCGCCAAGCCUGAAGGACACCGCCCUGGACACGACUAGCAACCUGCCGCCCCCGUCGCUGAGCUCGUCGUUCUCCAACAUUGACCAUGCCCAGGCGCAAACCUCCGAGGAAGCUCGGAGCCCCCUUGCCGGCGCGUCAUCUGCGGACCCUGCGUACCAUGCGAUCUACUCGCAGGCACAGGCACUCGUCGAGAAGGACAGCAUGAUCUUGACCUUUACGUCGCCCAACGGCCACGCCCAUAUCCUCCGCCACAUCCAGCCCGAGAUUAUCUACCUGCAGGAGUCGCUGUCCGGUGACAACGGCAGUGUGGUCACGAACCUGCAGUCCUGGCUGCGACACGACCUGGUUCUCGUGGUUGGCGCCGAGCGCGGUCACGGCGGGCUCGCAGAUAGCGAGUCGGAGGCCGAGCAGCCGGACAAGGGGAAGGAGGUGUGGUGGCACAGAGAAGACCGGGUCGGCAGGGGCCGCGGAGUGGUGGUGGUCGACGGCAUGAGGGUUCAGGAUGACUGGGCGAGGAGGGUUUUGGGUAAGGAAUAAGGUAAUGGCGGAUAUGACGUUGAAGAUUACGAGCUGGAUGUUCUGGUGAUGAUUGAUAUCCCUUUGUUAUCUAGUACCUCUUCGAUUCUGUAUUCCACAUCGCUUAUAUAGGUCAGAUUAGUGAUGAAGCGUGGGCGGAGGCAACACCUAACUCUCCUUCCUGCCUUGAUGAGCCUUGAAUGACGGUCCAUUCUCUAUAUCGACGGCGCCUUGGUCCCAGGGUUGAUGCUGCUGCACGUGAUUCUGAUGUCUGCGCC